AUGAUGAAUACUGCUGUAGUCAGUAAUAUAUUAAAAUAUACUGUAAGCCGAUGUUUACGAGCACAAAAUGUUAUCAAAGUUGCAGCUGCUCCAAUUUUCAAACGAGAUGUACAUACAACAAAACCUAAUAAUGACCUAAUGGAAUUUUUUGAUACUAAAAAAAAUUGGGGAGAAACAAAUAUCAGAGUUGGUAGAGGAUGGAAAUUGGAUGAACUAAGGAUAAAAUCCAACUCAGAUUUACAUAAACUGUGGUAUGUACUGUUGAAAGAGCGAAACAUGUUAUACACUAUGGAGCAUGAGUGCAAACGACAGAUGAGAUUAUUUCCCAAUCCUGAAAGAAUAGACAAAGUCCAGGAAUCUAUGGAUAACAUAGAAACUGUUAUAAGAGAACGCAAUGUGGCCUAUUACAAAUUGGAGACAGGGGAGACUGGAGAGCGCCCUGUGGAAGAUGUUGUAAACUUGUUUGGUUUAAUAGAAAAGUAUGAAAAAAAAGAACACUUUAUUCCUAAGUUUAUGAACACACGAUGGGUGAAACCAUACCUUGAGCACGGUUUUAUAAAUAGUGCCGCAGUUAAGAAGUUUGUGAGACUUUACAAAGAGAAGCAGUACAAUAUUGAAAGAAAGGCUCGAAACAGGGACUUCAAUCAAGUACAACAUCUACUGAAGCGGUUCCCUAACAUGGACUUGGAAAACCUCAAAGCAGAAUAUCCCAAUGUAGAUAUUGAGAAAGCCAAGCGCAGCAAGAAAGCAAGGGGACACUUUAUGCCAAAAUAUUAA